CGCCGCCCCAGCAAGCACAACACAGCAUCGAAAGCCCUGAAGCGAACUUCAGUGCGCCUGCGUUCAUGAAUCAAGGUCACGUCGCACCUUUUGAGGGUCCUGGUGGUAAUCAGCAGCGUGGUCCUCCGGCGCAAGGCGCUGCCCACGCGAACAACGCGCAGCAGCCUCCUCGCAAUGCGCAGACCCCUACUCCGGUAACGGGACCCGCAAAUCUGAACGGCGCGACCAACCAGCAGCAACAGCAGGCAAACCUCGAGCGCCGUGGGCCGGUAGAGUUCAACCAUGCCAUCAGCUACGUGAACAAAAUCAAGAAUCGCUUUCAGGAUAAGCCUGAGAUUUACAAACAAUUCCUUGAAAUUCUCCAGACUUAUCAGCGCGAACAAAAACCGAUUCAGGAUGUGUACGCCCAGGUCACGACCUUGUUUCAUACUGCACCUGAUCUGCUUGAAGAUUUCAAGCAGUUCUUACCCGAGUCUGCUGGACAAGGAGGAAAGGGAACACCCGGACGGCCUGGGGAUGAGCUUCCGCCUGGCCCUGGCCCUAACCAGACACCUCAGCCGAAUAUGAGCGGCCAGAAGAUGCCUCCCUUGGGGAGCUUUGCCCCUCCUAGCGCUUCCAAGGAGACCAACAAGAAGCGACCUAGAAAUGAUAAGCAGACGCCCAUUCCUGCGCCGCCUAUCGUGGAAGCUGCGGUCUCAGCCAGCCGAGCUGCUCCUGGCGCUCCUCCUCCUGCGGCCGCCAACAACAAGCGGACCAAGCUGUCUCACAACAAGGCGCUGGCUUCAGAUGCCCCCGCGGUCGAGCCGACACUGACGCCGAUAUUGCCAGAGCCUCUGGGACCUCCCGCGUCAACCACCUCAAACUCUGACGAAAUCGCCUUCUUCGAGAAGGUCAAGAAGUACUUGAGCAACAAGACAUCAUUCAACGAAUUCCUCAAAGUCUGCAACUUAUUCAGUCAAUCCAUUAUCGACCGCAACACAGUGUUUCAGAAGGGCAGCGUGUUCUUCGCCGCAAACCCUGAGUUGUUGGGUUUCUGGAAGGCGUUCCUCAAGUACGAGCCGCAUGAUGAGAUUGUCGAUAACAGACCCGCGCCUCCUAGCGGUAAAGUGUCGUUGAGCAACUGCCGAGGCUAUGGACCUAGUUAUCGUCUUCUUCCCAAGAGGGAGCGCCUCAAGCCUUGCAGCGGCCGCGAUGAACUCUGCAAUUCCGUGCUGAACGACGACUGGGCGUCGCAUCCGACCUGGGCCUCCGAAGAUUCCGGCUUCGUCGCUCACCGUAAGAAUGGUUUCGAAGAAGGAUUACAUCGAAUCGAGGAAGAACGCCACGACUACGACUUCAACAUCGAGGCAAAUCUCAAGUGCAUCCAGCUUUUGGAGCCUGUCGCCCAGCAAAUCAGUGUCAUGUCGCCUUUGGAGAGAGAGCACUUCCAGAUGCCGCAGGCUUUGGCUGGACACAGCACAUCGGUCUUCAAGCGCGUCUGCAAGAAGAUUUAUGGCGAAAAGGGCCCCGAAGUCGUCAACGACUUGUUCAACAACCCGCUGAAUGUGGUCCCGAUUGUGUUGACCAGAAUGAAGCAAAAGGACGAGGAAUGGCGCUUUUCGCAACGCGAGUGGGAGAAGGUGUGGCAUGCUCAGGUUGAGCACAUGCACCUCAAGAGUCUCGACCAUAUGGGCAUUCUUGUCAAGCAGACCGAUAAGAGGAACCUCUCAGCUAAACACCUGGUCGACGUCAUCAAGACGAAGGCCGAGGAGCAGAGGCGCCAGCGCAGCUUGAAGGGCAAAGCCCCACGUCAUCAGUUGGUUUGGGACUUCAACGACAAAAAGGUUGUCGUCGAGCUGCUUCGUCUGAUGAUGCUCUACACCGUCAGCAGCGGCCAGCAUAGCGUACCAGAGAAGGAGCGCAUUGCAGACUUCUUCGAGACAUUCAUCCCUGCAUUCUUUGAUAUUCCCGAGGAAGAUUUGGAGGGUCGUCUGCCGAGGCUGCAGGAUGUUUCGGAGGAGGACGAGACUGAAGAGACUGUCCCUACUGAACUGACCAACGGCCGUAGCCGCCGUGCUGGAAGAAGAGGCGAUUUGCUUCGUGGCGUGCUUGACCCUGGCCGCAAUGGCUCUAAGCCGCGUGCUCAAAAGGAGGGAAGCGCAGCAUCUGGUAGCAAAGAGACGACACCCGAAGUUGGAUCAGCGAAUGAGGAAGAAAUGCCUGAUGCUCCCGAAGAUGGCACUGGCCCCGACGUGUCUAACGACCGCUGGAUGCCGAUCGUCCCGCAGCCGAUAGUCACAACUGGGGACGAUGCCCUCCUAACCGCCGACGGUGAACUGAAGGCUGAUGGCUUCUUCUCCCGGCCUUGGCACAACUUCUUCUGCAACCAAACCAUAUUUGUCUUCUUCAACGUUUUCCAGACGGUUUACACUCGUCUUAGGGACGUUAAGGAGAGCAAGGAGAGUGUCGUCGAAGAGGUUAACCGCGUCAACCGACCUCGUCCCGCAAAGGAUAUCGGCUUGGCCGACAACACCCUCAACUACUUCGGCCCUCAUGAUGACCCUGAGAGCUUCUGGCCGAAGACGCUUGAGCUUGUUGAGGAAUACAUCACUGGCGACAUUGAUGAGGUUCGAUACCAGGAUGUUCUGCGUCAUUACUACCUUAAGAGCGGUUGGAAGCUGUACACCAUCCAGGAUCUUCUCAAAACUCUCUGCCGUCUUGCUCUCACCUGCAGCAGCACUGACGCGAAGGAGAAGACCCCAGACCUCAUUCAACAGUACCUCCAUAGUCGGGAGAAGGAAGAGACAAACUACCAGUCAGAGAUUGCUGCCCGCAAGUACGCAGAGAAGUGUGUCAAGGAUGGCGAGAUGUUUGUCAUCUGUUGGUUCCCGCUCAAGUCAGAAGCCUCUGUCCGUUGGCUGCAGCGUGAAGACACCACCUUCUACAUGGACGAGAUGAAGGCCAAGGAUCGCUGGCAAUACUACAUCUCGUCCUUCAUCCAGGUCGAGCCGACAGAAGGGGUGCCACGACACAAGCUCCAAAAGACAGUCUUGGCCCGCAAUCUUCCUUCUAGCGACGAAAAGUUUGAAGACAGCCACAUUCCCAAGCCCAUCUCAUUCGACGAAGAUCUUUCCAUCAGCAUUUGUCUGAACUCGAGCAAGAUGGUGUGGAAGUCUGGCACAUCUGAAUACUUUGUCUACGACAAUGUCCCCAAGGACAAGGAGGGCCAGGAGCGACACCUCGAGAGGCUCAAGAAUGCAAGCAACAAGCGCGACACGAAGCUCCGCGAGAAGUUUGUCUUCAACAGCCCCUGGAUGAAGGGCAUGAGCCAGUCCGACGUCCAAAAGUCGAAUGAGGGAUGGUCAAAGUGGCUCAAGGAUGGCAUUGCACCCGCCUCGGACGCAGGGGACGCAAUGGAUACUGCAGAGUGAGGCGAUGAUCCAGCGGAACCGGCGUUUUCGGCGGCGCGCGGCAAUCAAGACAGCAACAUGUGUGAGAUCGGAGACAAGAUGGGCGAAGGCUGAAAGUUCACAAUUACGAAGAUACCAGGCGGCAUAGCGAUGCAGAGCGGCAUGGCUGCCAUGUUACCCCAACUUUACAUGGAUUUGGUCUUCUCUUCAUGCCCUGACCACGAGCGUAGAAUCGUUGGGACGGGUUGGCGUGGGAAUGGCGUGGGAACGGACCGGCGUUACAUGACUUCUUCUUUUUUUCCUUAAAUUUCUCGAUCUGAAUGCGGAAAGAGGAGCAGAG